UCGAUACCCCGCCCGGCGGGCCGCGAGCGCGGCUCAGCCCCGGCUUCUGGGCCGCCGCUUGGUUCUAUGGAAGGAUGUGCGUCGGCAAGUCCUGCGUGGGCGUCGCGCUGGUGUGAUCAAAUUGAUAGGCUGUUGAAUUGCACCAGAUGCAUGCGUGAUCUGC